GGGAUCCUCCAGGGGGAUUUGGGAUCCUCCAGGGGGGAUUUGGGAUCUGAUCCCAGGGAACGGGGCUGGGACAGGAGGGAACGGCCUCGAGCUGGGCCAGGGUGGGAAAUUUGGGAAAAUCCCUCCUGGAGAAGGGAAAAGGCCUCGGGAGGGGCUCGGGGAGGGUCGGAUCCCCAUCCCUGGAGGUGUCCAAGGAAUUCCUGGAGCACAUCUGGAGCUGGAGACCAACCAAGGCCACCCAGAUGUUCCAGGACUUUGAGGAAAAGGCGGACUGGGAGACACCGAAGGAUUUGCCCACCCUGGAAAGGACUCAGGGAUGAUCCUGGGGCCUCCUUGAGCCACCCAAAAUCCAUGGAGAGCCUCUCCCCACCGAGGGAAAAUUGUGAUUUUCAGGAACAAAACUCCCAGCAGAGGGAAAACCACGAGGAACCAAACCCGUCCCGCAGCCCCUCCUAACCCCGCGAGGAAACGCAAAAAAAACGUUCUGCAAACGUUCAUUUUUUCCAAAAAUUGUUGUUUUUUAAAUGUUUUUUCCUCUCCUGCAGGAGUUCGAUCCCGAGGGGGAUUGUUUCCAGGCUGCCUCAUCCGCUCCCCAGCCCGUAGGAAACGGGGAAUGAAUUCCUGGCAGUCACGGGAGCCUCGUGUCCCACCUGGGCGACACCAAAAAAAAAAAAAAAAAAUUACAGCUUCGAGAGAAAUAAUUGAAGGAUUGGAGCGGAGCAGGUCUGGAUUAUUAAAUAUUUAUUUCCAUAAAGAUUUCCAUACCCCUGAGGUGUCUCACAUCCGGAGCCACGGACACUGAAAUCCUAUAAAAGGAUUCCUUUUGCCCUGCUCCUCAAGCCUUUUUUUGUUUCAUUUGGCGCUCGCUGGUGGAGAAUCGGGUGAGUCCGGCUCGGUUUCACCUCGUGGUUGGGUUUAUUUUUCAUUUUGAAGCCGUGCAAAAACGAAUUAAAAAACUUUAGAAACGUUUCUGCUCGGGGAUGUUGAGGUUGGGAUUCCCCCAGGUUUUAAUUCCGGGAUUUUAGAUUAAAAACCCCAUGAAAAUCCCGGAUUUUUAUGUGUUUUUUGGGGUUUGUUUGCUGCGGGUUUUGCUCUUUCCCCAUCGAGGAGCACCAAAUUCUCCUCGGGAGAGAUCAAAAGGCCAGGCCGGGACUUCAAAGGGGGAGGAGUGGCAGGGGUGAUAAAGGAGCGGAGACUCCGCGGCUGCCAGGGAAGGCCUGGGAGGAAAAUUCGGGCUGGGAAGAGCCGGGGAGAAUUUAUGGGAAAAGCAAACAUUCCUUGGGGAGGUUUUUUCCAAAAAAAACCCCGAUCCGAAGCCUUUUUUGGGUGAAAUUAGGGAAAGAACGGCAAAGAUUAGUUCUGAAAUGAGAUGAAGCGUGGGCAGCUGGAAGCUUCCAGAAAAGCUGAAGGAGCCUGAAUAAUUUUUGUUUUCCUCUUUUGAGAGGAAUCUGGUUGAAAAAAGUCACGGAAAUUUUGGGAUUUGUCUAAAUUUCACUUGGAGUCACCUCCUCGUUGUUCGCCCGGUUCGGGAUCCUCUGGGGAAAAUAAGAAUAUUAAUUAAAUUUGGGUAUAAAACAACCCCGGGAACUCUUUCACACCUUUUAAACUUCAUCCCUCUCCUCCUUCCAGCCUCCCCCAAUUUUCCCACCCCCGAAUUCCCGGCAAAAAACCCAAAAAAAUGCGCCGCGCCACCGGCUGCCCGCUGAGCCAGGUCUGCCUGCCGCCGCCCGCCGUCCUGGUGAGAACCUUCCCGGUGAGGCCCAACCGCGACCUCCGGUGCUUCCCCGCCUCGGCAAACCCCUGCUGCCAGCCCGGCACCACCACCGUGGUCAGCCUGGGUGGUCUGGGGGCCGCCGGUUGUGCCGGGCCCUGCGGGUUGGCGGCCACCGUGCGGGCGCCGUCGCGGUUCCGGGGGUUCGGUAGCGCCGGGACGUGCCGGAAGCCGAGCUGCUGCUGCCGGGUGACGGAGUGGGGCACCACGGGCACGGAGUGGUGCCAGGAGGCCGGGAAGGAUGUGUGCCAGGAGCUGUGCUGCCAGGAGGGCAGCACGUGUGUCAGCACGUGUGUGGAGCCGUGUUCCCAGGAGGUCAGCAAGUGUGUCAGCACGUGUGUGGAGCCGUGUUCCCAGGAGGUCAGCAAGUGUGUCAGCACGUGUGUGGAGCCGUGUUCCCAGGAGGUCAGCAAGUGUGUCAGCACAUGUCAAGAUCUGUGUUCCCAGGAGGUCAGCAAGUGCACAACCACGUGUGUGGAGCCGUGUUGUAAAGAGGUCAGCACGUGUGUCAGCACGUGUGUGGAGCCGUGUUCCCAGGAGGUCAGCAAGUGUGUCACCACAUGUCAGGAUCCGUGCUGUAAGGAGGUCGCCAAGUGUGUCACCACGUGUGUGGAUCCGUGUUGUAAGGAAGUCACCAAGUGUGUCACCACGUGCCAGGAUCCAUGUUGCAAGGAGGUCACGAAAUGUGUCACGACGUGCCAAGAUCCGUGCUGUAAGGAGGUGACCAAGUGUGUCAGCACGUGUGUGGAUCCGUGUUGCAAGGAGGUCAGCAAGUGUGUCACCACGUGUCAAGAUCCAUGUUGUAAGGAGGUCACCAAGUGUGUCACCACAUGUCAAGAUCCAUGUUGUAAGGAGGUGACCACGUGUGUCACCACAUGUCAAGAUCCAUGUUGUAAGGAGGUGACCACGUGUGUCACCACGUGCCAGGAUCCGUGUUGCAAAGAAGUGACCAAGUGCUCCGCCAGGCGCGUGGACCCCUGCUGCAAGGAGGUCACCACGUGUGUCACCACAUGUCAGGAUCCGUGCUGUAAGGAGGUCACCAAAUGUGUCACCACGUGCCAGGACCCCUGCUGCCAAGAUGUCACCAAAUGUGUCACCACAUGCCAGGAUCCAUGUUGCAAGGAGGUCACCACGUGUGUCACCACAUGUCAGGAUCCGUGCUGUAAGGAGGUCACCAAGUGUGUCAGCACGUGUGUGGAUCCGUGUUGCAAGGAGGUCACCAAGUGCACAACCACAUGCCAAGAUCCGUGUUGUAAGGAGGUGACCACGUGUGUCACCACAUGUCAGGAUCCAUGUUGUAAGGAGGUCACCAAGUGCACCAGGACAUGUGUGGAUCCGUGUUGUCAGGACGUCACCAAGUGUGUCACCACAUGUCAAGAUCCGUGUUGUAAGGAGGUCACCAAAUGUGUCACCACCUGCCAGGACCCGUGCUGCCAGGAUGUCACCAAGUGUGUCACCACCUGCCAGGACCCGUGCUGCCAAGAUGUCACCAAAUGUGUCACCACCUGCCAGGAUCCAUGUUGCAAGGAGGUCACCACGUGUGUCACCACCUGCCAGGACCCGUGCUGCCAGGACGUCACCAGGUGUGUCACCACCUGUGUGGACCCGUGCUGCCAGGGGUUUGUCACCUGUGCAGCCCUGUGUGGCACGAAGCCCCCCAGGACCCUCACGCCGUGUUUCCAGCCGGGCUGUAAGAAGGUGACCAAGUGGAGCAGCGUGUGGGCGAUGCCGUGGUGCCGCAAAGGCGCCAAGGGCGGCUCCAGGUGUGCCGACACCUGUCCCAAGAAGGGCUCCAAGGGCAGCUCCAGGUGUGCGGAUCCCUGUGCCAGGAAGGCGCCCAAGGGCUCCGUGCCGUGCCAGGAUCCGUGCGGCGCCGCCAGGUGCGACCCCAGGUGCGUGGUGGACCCCUGCUGCCAGGAUGUCACCAAGUGUGUCACCACGUGCCAGGAUCCGUGCUGCCAGGAUGUCACCAAGUGUGUCACCACCUGUGUGGAUCCGUGUUGUAAGGAUGUCACCAAGUGUGUCACCACCUGUGUGGAUCCGUGUUGUAAAGAGGUCAUCAAGUGCAGAUCCAGGUGUGUGGAUCCGUGCUGCCAGGAUGUCACCAAAUGUGUCACCACAUGCCAGGAUCCCUGCUACAAGGAGGUGACCAAGUUCAGAUCCAGGUGUGUGGAUCCCUGUUGCCAGGAUGUCACCAAGUGUGUCACCACCUGUGUGGAUCCGUGUUGUAAGGAUGUCACCAAGUGCGUCACCACGUGCCAAGAUCCGUGCUGCCAGGAUGUCACCAAAUGUGUCACUAGGUGUGUAGAUCCGUGCUGCCAGGAUGUCACCAGGUGUGUCACCACCUGUGUGGAUCCAUGCUGUAAGGAGGUCACCAAACGUGUCACCACGUGCCAGGAUCCCUGCUACAAGGAGGUCACCAAGUGCAGAACCAGGUGUGUGGAUCCGUGUUGUAAGGAGGUCACCAAAUGUGUCACCACCUGUGUGGAUCCAUGUUGUAAAGAGGUCAUCAAGUGCAGAUCCAGGUGUGUGGAUCCAUGCUGUCAGGAUGUCAUCAAAUGUGUCACCACGUGUGUAGAUCCCUGUUGUAAGGAGGUCACCAGGUGUGCCACCAAGUGUGUGGAUCCCUGUUGUAAGGAGGUCAAGUGCAGAACCAGGUGUGUGGAUCCAUGUUGUAAGGAGGUCACCAAAUAUGUCACCAGGUGUGUGGACCCCUGCUGUCAGGAUGUCACCAAAUGUGUCACCACGUGCCAGGAUCCCUGCUACAAGGAUGUCACCAAGUGCAUCACCACGUGCCAAGAUCCGUGUUGCAAGGAGGUCACCAAAUGUGUCACCACCUGUGUGGAUCCGUGUUGUAAGGAUGUCACCAAGUUCAGAUCCAGGUGUGUAGAUCCGUGUUGCAAGGAUGUCACCAAGUGCGUCACCACAUGCCAGGAUCCGUGCUGCCAGGAUGUCACUAAAUGUGUCACCACGUGUGUAGAUCCCUGUUGUAAGGAGGUCACCAGGUGUGCCACCAGGUGUGUGGAUCCCUGUUGUAAGGAGGUCACCAAAUAUGUCACCAGGUGUGUGGACCCCUGCUGCCAGGAUGUCACCAAAUGUGUCACCACAUGCCAGGAUCCCUGCUACAAGGAGGUGACCAAGUUCAGAUCCAGGUGUGUGGAUCCCUGCUGCCAGGGAGUGAUCACCUGCCAAGACCGCUGCUGCCAGGGGGUGACCACGUGCCAGGAUGUCACCAGGAUGUCACCAGGUGUGCCACCACCACCUGCCAAGACCCUUGCUGCCAAGGAGUGA